UCAACCAGAGAUUAUGAUUUGGGUCAGCAUCAAAUAACAUUGAGUUUAAAUAUUUAAAUACAGAACCGAAGAUAUCCGAAUCCAAUUCUCUUGCUGAUCCAACUAUAGGUUAAGUUUCCCAGAGCUCUUUUUUGUUGUAACUGACGUUCACUAAUUAAAUAAUUAAUUACACAUUAAGAAUAAAUUAAUAUUAUUAUUCAAGUUCAAAAAAUUGAAAUAAUAAAAUGGGUAUACUAGAAAAAAUUGGCGAAAUAGAGCGAGAAAUAGCUCGUACACAAAAAAAUAAAGCAACGGAGUAUCAUCUUGGUUUGCUGAAAGCCAAAUUAGCAAAAUACAGAUCACAGCUUUUGGAGCCGACAAAAAAAUCAGAGAAAGGAGAAGGUUUUGAUGUAUUAAAAUCCGGCGAUGCUAGAGUUGCUCUUAUUGGUUUCCCUUCAGUGGGUAAAUCUACACUAUUAAAUACCUUGACUCAUACCCAGUCUGAAGCAGCUUCUUAUGAGUUUACGACACUUACUUGCAUUCCUGGAGUUAUUGAGUACAAGGGUGCUAACAUACAGCUGCUCGAUUUACCCGGUAUCAUUGAAGGAGCUGCUCAAGGAAAAGGUAGAGGAAGACAAGUAAUUGCUGUGGCAAGAACAGCUGAUCUGGUGCUAAUGAUGCUGGAUGCGACCAAGCAAGAUGUCCAGCGGCAGUUACUGGAGAAGGAAUUGGAGUCAGUGGGCAUUCGGCUGAACAAAAGAAAGCCAAAUAUUUAUUUUAAAAUAAAGAAAGGCGGUGGUUUAUCUUUCAAUUCAACUUGUCCAUUGACUAAAUGUGAUGAGAAACUCGUUCAGAUGAUACUUCAUGAGUAUAAAAUAUUUAACGCUGAAGUAUUGUUUCGCGAAGACUGCACUGCUGAUGAAUUAAUCGAUGUUAUCAAUGCUAACAGAGUUUAUCUUCCUUGUCUUUAUGUGUAUAAUAAGAUUGACCAGAUUUCUAUUGAAGAAGUUGAUAGAAUCGCCAGGCAGCCUAAUAGUGUCGUAGUUAGUUGUAACAUGAAAUUAAACUUGGACUUUUUACUGGAAAUUCUUUGGGAAUAUUUAUCAUUGAUCAGAGUGUACACUAAAAAACCAGGACAGCCUCCAGAUUUUGAUGACUGUUUGAUUCUAAGACGAGGUGUCACUGUUGAACACGUUUGUCACGCAAUUCAUCGUACUCUCGUUGCCCAAUUUAAAUAUGGUCUUGUCUGGGGUACCAGUACUAAAUACUCACCUCAACGAGUUGGUAUCCAACACAUAAUGCAUGAUGAAGAUGUUAUUCAAGUUGUUAAAAAAUAAAUGAGGUUUUUUUUAUCAACCAACAGA